AUGAAAUAAGAUCGCGCGUGUUUAGAAGACUUCAGUAGCAGUGUAUUGAGUGACGUACGUACGUACAUUUCAUGUGUAUUUUGGAAUAUUGUCGAUUAAAAGAAUGGAUAUAACUAUUUGGAUUAUCGGUUGGCUGUUUUUAAUCGGAUAUUUGGAUAUUCUGUGUGUCGAGUCAAGCGGAUUAAGAGAUUUACAGAGACGAUGUCCAGAUGGCUAUUUUGGUUACAAAUGUCGGUUCCGGUGUCGCUGUCGUGGAAGUGAAAACUGUAAUAAAGACGCCGGAACAUGUCCAACCGGAUGUGCUGAUGGCUUUUGGGGACCCGGAUGUCAGCUUUCUAACAACUGCUACUACAAUGGACAGAAAAGGAAUUAUAUGGGAACAAAAUCUAUGACCAAAUCUCUGUACACGUGUCAAAGAUGGGACUCCCAGUAUCCUCAUCAGCAUUCUUAUAAAGAACUUGAUUUCCCUGAAAGGAAAUUCACGUUGAUCUAUAACUACUGUAGAACGACCCCUGAUUCAAAUGAACCCUGGUGCUACACCAACGAUAGGAAAGUCAGAUGGGAACACUGCAGCAUCAACAACUGUGUUUGUCCACCAGGAAGGUUUGGUAAUAAUUGUGAGAAGGAGUGUCACUGUAGAGAUAGUGCAGAAACCUGUGAUAGUAUCAUGGGAUUUUGUAGUUCUGGUUGUGCGGCUGGGUGGAAUGAAUACGACUGCCAAACAGCUGAGAAAUGUUCAGAGAAUAGAUAUGGAUGGGAUUGUUCACAGCGCUGCCAUUGUCAGGAUCCCGGUGACUGUGAUCGAUUCACCGGACCAACACGUAACUGCGCAUGUCGUAAAGGAUAUUUUAAACCGCCAUUUUGCGAACCAGUUACUGAACCGAGGAUUGUGUCCUUUAAGAACACCAAGGUCAAUCCGGGUCAGAGUUCAGAGUUCAACUGUACUGUGGCAGCGUUCCCUACUCCUUACCAAACCGAGAUUCAGUUGGUUGGACCAAUGGGAAGAAAGAUAACAUUGAUAGAUUCACAGCUCCUUGACAAAUAUCUUUAUACCCGAGCCAAUAGAUUCCUCGCUGAUUACGUCAUGGCGGGAGAUAGAUUCAUGUGUGUCGUCAAGGCAACGGCGGGUCAAACACAGAUGACUGUUGUUGCUGAAACAUUUGAUCUUCCACGCUUGAUUUCACCGCCAUUUGUAAUAGAUGGCACCACUACAGCUCACAACGUGACAAUUCGAUGGCGGAAGUGGAGUAGAGAACAAGGGGACAGCGGGGAGGGGCCUAUCCUCUCCUACAGUAUAUACAUCAAGGUGAAGGGUACAAAAUCAUACCAGAAAACAGGAGUGGUGUAUCAUUCAUUCUGUGACACGGGCUGUCGAUAUGUUGUAACGGAGUUAAUGCCCUUUACAGAGUAUGCCAUCUAUAUUAUUACCAGUCGUGAUGGCGCAGGGGGCGAAGGUGUGCCAGGACCGAUAAUUCAUUUUACCACAGCUUGUAAAAAGCCGAGUGCUCCUCCAACUCUGCUGAGUGUUAAAUCUGAGAAACAGAUGAAUGGUACAACAACCAAAACUAGAAUCAGUCUCACAUGGCAGGAUCCAGAUAGAAGAACAAUCAACUGCCGAGAAAUAACGUCCUACUCUGUUCAACUGACUGACGACGAUGGUUCAGGUUUUACUCAGACCAAGACUUUUCCUAAAUCGUCUAAAUCUGGAGUUGUCAAGGACCUGGACCCCUUUUCAACAUAUUGUGUUAAAAUACGAUUUCAAACUGAUGUUAAUUUCAACAGCCCCUUUUCUACCAGUAAAUGUGUUACAACACCAGUCACUAUUCCAGGUAGACCGGAAGGUCUGAGACUAAUUAAAAGGUCAAGUACAUCGGUGACCCUAAGAUGGGAGCGACCUGAGCCAUCAUUUAGUAAAGAGACGUUAUAUCGUAUAAUAUAUAGAGAAGGUACAUCAUCUAGUACGAAAGGUUUAGAAUGGAGAUCAGGUGAUGAAACAGUAGAAUAUACAUUAACAGGAUUAAAACCUUUUACCAGUUAUCAAAUACAGAUACAAGCAUCCAAUAAUGCUGGUACUGGACAACUAAGUCCUAUCUUAACAGCAAGCACAGAUGAAAGUGUGCCUGGACCGGUGCCAAACUUCAGAAAUACAUCAAGAUCUCGACAUUUUAUAAAACUAGAGUGGGAUAAACCGGAUGAAACUACAGGACAAAUAUUAUAUUUUACUGUAACCUGUUCAUCUUUAAAAUCUCUCCACAAACCUGAUAUAAAAGACCACCGUGAGAUCAAACUUGAUCCAGCAACUUUAACUUACACUAUGCAAGGUUUAUCACCGGCUACUCAAUAUGCCUGUAGUGUUAAUGCCAGCAACCAGAAAGGUUCCGGGGCACAAUCCAGUAUUUUAACUUGGACGGAAGCUAAAGAUCUGGACACACCGGUGACACCUAAAGUAGUAGAAACAUCAGACAGAACGGUUACUAUUAACUUAAAGACAAACGGGGACCAAAGCGUCAGUUUUUAUCGUAUAAUUGUUGAAAAUGUUGGAUCAAGGAAAAGAAGAAGUUCGCCGACGGAUAUUGGACAAGUUUCUAGUGAUGCUGUGACGGCGGCCAGAUACGGAUCCAGUGCCUACAUAGCUGCCCAGUUAGAACAUCAUAUGGCGAAUGGACCGUUUGUAGUUGGAGAUAACAAGACGUAUGGCGGGUUUUAUAAUGCACCGUUAGAAACUGAUAAAAGUUAUAAUAUCUGGUUCGGUGCUUACUCAAAAAUAGAUGGGACUUUACGCCAAUCCUUCUCUAGAACAGAACCAGUUGUAGUGCGAGCAGUAUCUAAUGAAGAUAGUAGUAGUCAUAUACCAGUUAUUAUUGGUGUCCUUGUUGUUUUUAUCUUAUUAAUUAUACUAUUCGCUGUCCUAUUGGUUGUUUGGAGAAAAAGAAAUUCCUCAGCUGAAAGAGAAAAAUGUGAUUUCCCUAAUUUUGGCCCCACCAUAAUGCCGGAACCUGAUUCCAGUCCUCCAUUAACACCUAUGACUAAUAUAGAAGCUGAACCGCUGAUUAUCCCAUCCUCCCUGAACGAUAUAGAAUGUGAGCCUAUUUAUAGCAACGUAGGCACCAACAUUCCACCAAUAAGAGUUGAGGAUUUAUGGGAUUUUAUUAAAAACAGUAAAGAACACGAUUAUGGUGGUUUUAAGCGAGAAUACAAGUUAAUACCAGCCGGAUUGAUAGCUAGCUGUGAAGUUGCCAAGAGAAAUGAAAAUAAACCUAAAAACAGAUACGGCAACAUUAUAGCAUAUGAUCAUACGAGAGUAAUGCUGGUACCAGAAGAUGGCGACCCUACAGAUGAUUAUAUCAACGCUAACUAUAUAGAUGGAUAUAAUAAACCAAAAGCCUAUAUAGCAGCACAAGGUCCUAAUGCACCAACUAUAAAUGAUAUAUGGAGAAUGAUGUGGCAGUUAAAUUCUAAAACAAUUAUCAUGUUGACCAAUUCUACAGAAUCAGGAAAGAAAAAAUGUGAACAGUAUUGGCCAGAUUAUGGCAGUGAAGAAUAUGGAAAUUAUACGGUUCAGAUAUUAAAUUCAGAUUUUCUACCUGAUUUUACUAUUAGAACCUUCUUAUUAUCAACGGGUGACCAAUCAAAGUACGUGAAGCAAUUUCACUAUACCACGUGGCCAGAUCAUGGAGUUCCUAAGUUCGGCAAUUCAUUACUCCUCUUCCGUCAAAAGAUCAGAGCUUUUGAUAAACUUGAUAAUGGUCCUGUUGUUGUCCACUGCAGUGCUGGAGUUGGUAGAACAGGAACCUAUAUAUCAGUAGAUAGUCAGUUAGAACGAGCUAAAUCAGAAGGUAUUAUCGAUGUGCACAACUUUGUACAGUUGAUGAGAACACAGAGAGUCAAUAUGGUGCAAACUCUGGAGCAGUAUAUAUUUGUGUAUGACUGUUUAUUAGAAGCGUUAAUAUGUGGUGAUACAACUAUACCAGUUAUCAACUAUCCUACAGUAUACAGAGAUCUCGUAACUUAUAACCAAGAUCUAGGAAAAUCUAAAUUAGAUGAGCAAUUUGAGAUUUUAAAGCUUUUAUCAACAACCAUAGAACGAGAUGAAUCUACGACAGCAUUAAGAGCUGAAAAUAUCUUUAAAAAUCGCUGUAAAAAUAUAUUACCAGCCAAUCGUUGUAGACCUUAUUUGAUUACACCAUGGGAAGAAGGCAAUGACUAUAUCAAUGGUGUUUUUGUUAAUAGUUACCACAGAAAAGAUGCGUUUAUUGUAACCCAGAUGUCGUUGCCUAAUACAGUGGUUGAUUUCUGGAGAUUAGUUUACGACCAUAAUUCAUCGUGUAUAGUCAUGUUAAAUGAAUUGGAUCUUAAUGAUGAGACAUGUGAAGUAUAUUGGAGUUUAGAUCCGUGUGGAAUCAGCUAUGGUCCCUUUAUUGUAGAAACUACAGCCGAGAUUAAAUCCGACCCUAGUGUCACGAUACGAGACUUCACUAUUACUAACACAUUAAAUCCUGAUGAUCCACCACGAGUUAUACGACAGUUUCACUUUCACCAUUGGGCCGAUGGUAGUGCUGUACCUAGUUCCAAGAUGGCGUUGUUAGAGUUACUAGACAUGGUUGAGAGAUGGCAGCACCAGACUGAUAAUACAUCUGUUACCGUCCAUUGCAUGAAUGGUGCUAGUCGCAGUGGAUUAUUCUGUGCUGUUAGUUGUAUAUUAGAGAGGUUGAAUGUUGAGAAAGAAAUUGAUGUGUUCCAGGCAGUAAAACAACUCCGAUUAAACAGGUCGCAGUUUAUAGAUAAUAUGGAGCAGUAUAAAUUCUGUCAUGACGUCGUCUUGGAUUAUUUGAAAGACCCAGAAUCACCUUCCGCUCUUUCAUAACCCCUGAUUACUUCUUAGGUCAUUGGUUCAAAGGUCGCGAGAAUUCUGUAUCAGCAAUCAUACCGUGAACACUGGUGCAAUAAAAGUGAAAGAAGCUGAAUGGGAAAAUAGCAAAGAUGUAGGGAAUGAUUGGUCAAGAUAUUAUAUUCAACCAAUCAGAAAGCCUGUUUAUAACUAUUUGUUUGAAAACGAAAGUAGAAAAACUAGAUAGUGCGGCAAUACAAAGCGUGUGUGUAUAUCUAGGAGUUCAAAUUCUUAUCAUAAAGUGCCAAAAUAUAUCCCUAUAACAGUAUAAGAAAAACUAUACAUUAUCAUUGUUAAGCUUGAUUGGUCGAAUAUCUACAGCGGAAACGGAGUGGAACAAUCUGAUUGGAUGUGAAAUAAAGUACUAAAGGUCAAGCUGGGGUUAAAGGUCAAUCCAAAAGAACCUUUAUAAGUGGACAUUAUGUUUUCUAUUAUGAAAAAAAGUUUCUAGUUGAAAUUCAGCUCUCUAUAAAUAGAUUCAUCUUUAUUAUUAUGUUUUAUUAUAUUCACUGCCAUAUGUGUAAGCCCUUAUUUCAGUGUAGCGAGACUAAGGGAUCAGCUAAACGAAAUUGUUGAGCUAAGAGAUAAUAAUUAGAUUGACUUAAUCAUAGAAAAUAUGUAAUAUUAACUAAACAUAACUGGUAGAAAUCAAGUCAAUAUUAAUUCAUAGGGAACAAUUGACAACGGUCAUUUUUUUAAUUUUUAUAGGAUUGUUAUGAAAGGUUAGUCAAAAUCCACAUUGCAGAAAGUCCACAUUUACUUUUUAAAGUUUCUGAUGGCCCUUUGAGUGAUUCUGAAUCCCUUACCAACUACAAUAUUGUGAAUGUGUUUACAUGCAGGAAACACAAUGUAGGUACAAUCAGGACCAUAUAUAAAGAGUCUGGUCAACUGUGGCUAUGUUCACCAUUUUGUUACAUUAGAACAAUAUAAAACAAAUAUAAGUUAAUGAGUGUCUCUUUGGGAACAGUUUCUUUGGGAACAGUCUAAGCAUCAGUUAUUGCAUAGCACUUGACCUGAAAGGAAUGGGUUUUUUUAUAUUAUCUAGAUGACAUGUAUACUCCAUUUCCAAUGUUAAUAAUUAAUUAUUUAAAAUUAAACUAAAUGUUAGAAUAUAGGGACUCAUAUGCAUAGUAGAGAUCUAUGAUAUAUACGUUUCUGUUGUAUAAACCAUGGAAAUUGCAUGUGCAAAGGGCCACUAUAUAUAAUUUUCUGCAUUGUGAAACAUUUUGGUUAUGUGUAACAGAGCAUCAUAUAUACGUUUCUGUGCUAUAAAACAAUAAGUACCAAAUGGCCAGUAUAAAGGUCUGUCAUAAUAGCGCUAGACUUAUAUUCAAAGGGCUACAUACUUUUAUUUAGUAUAAAAAGGGUGCUAUGUGUAUAAUAAUAAUUACUAUUACUACAUAUUAUAUUAAUAUCAUACUAGUAUAAUUAUAUAUGUUUAUGUUUUUUUAUGUUUAUUUUAAGUGUAUUAAUUAGUUUAUUACGAAAUCUAAAAAAAUGGAUUGCUUUAAACAUGGAUAAAUUGAUAUUAUCCUUUAUAACCCUGCUUUAAACAUCACCAUCAUCAAUCAUGUCAACUCAUAGCCUAGUUCAAAUUCAAUUUUCGUUUCGUUUCCUUGUUGAUUUUUUAAGCUACAUAGAUCAAUUUGAAAGAGAAGCGAAACGAAUUAAGAUCGUAAUUACCUUCUAUAAAUCAAUUUUAAAUGAACAUAGAUAAAUCUGAUAAAAUAUAAACGAAAUUACCUUGAAGCUUAUAUGAAAUCAUUAUUUUGUUUAAUUUUAAUUUUAAUAAAAAAAAACGCUAAACGUUAUGUUAAUGAUAUAUCAUUUUCCAUAUUGUUUUUAAUGUCCGUAAAUUUAAAUAGUUAUUGGUACAAUUGUAUGGUUUGUGGUUUAGAAUAAAAGUCCAGUGAUGAAUAAAUUUUUUUUAUAAAAUUUAGCCUGGUCGAUUCUGAACAGUAGUCAAAAUAGAAAUUCUAGUGAAAGAAUCAUAUUAAACAACAGCGAAUGGACUUCCAAUCCAUAUGUAGCUUACUGGAAUUUGAUACAUUGAUUUUAUUGUUAAAUUAGCGUAACAUAAAGUUAAAUUAAUGUUAAAGUUAACUUUAGAAAGGAAUGUUAGAAUCGCGUCAAAGAAACGUUAAAUUUAACUUUCGAAAGGAAUGUUAGUAUCAUGUCAACGUUACGUUAAAUUUACUUUAGAAAGGAUGUGUGUGUGUGAAAUAGUUUUAUUUAACGUCCGCUUCUACCAUAGUGAUAUCGCCGAUAAUCGAGUAAGGAACGUUAAUAUAACGUGAAAUUAACGUUUGAUUAAAUUUGGCUAUUAACGUUUAUAUAACGUCAACUUAACGUUAAAUAUUAUGCUGAUUUCUAAUAUUAAUCUCGUAACGAUAAGUAAAAGGAGCUAUAUAACAGACCAUUGCUAUGUUAAUAUGGCUAAAAUAGACGCUUUAGCCAUACAAAUAGUUUGGAUUUUAAACUUUAACGCUGCUUUCUAAGUGUAGACAUUAUAAUAGUAAUAUAAUAUAUUUACCCAUAUCAUUAAAUCAUUGACAAUUGUACAUAUUCAUUGUUUUAUAAAUAUACAUUUGCAAAACUGUAAAAUAAACGUCUAAUAUAACCUCUUAACCUCUAUACCACCCUCUCCUCCUCCCUGCCCCCUUUCUCCUGUACUGCCGUGUUGUUAGUCUGUGAUAUAUUCAAAUAAAAUAAUAAAACAGAAUAAAAAUGAAAUCAUAUUUUUCGUGCUCUUUUAACAGUAUAGAAAUAAAGCUUUCAAUGGUGACAUGUUGCAAGUUACCAGGACAACGCAUUAUUUUUUCUUUGAUCAUUUUGUCGGAUUGUAUUGUUAUGUUACGGUUACCAUGACAACGUGUAUGUAAUAAAUAAAACAAGAUGUCUGCCGUUUUGAGGAAAAUUAUUACUGAUAGAGUUAUGUCGCGUCGAUUAUAUCCCCCGGAUGUAACAUUGUAGCAUAAAACGUUUAAUAAAAUUAAGUACGAUGUUUUUCGGAUCGAGGGAAAAGAGUUCUUUUUUAAUCAUGUCGCCGAUCACAUCCCGACAUGUACCCUUGCCUCACGGCAUUCGAUGAAUAUAAACUUUUAUUUGGUAUCUUAUAUUAAACAGUCUCUAUGUAUAAUAACCACAAUUUUGUCCUGUAUAUAUUAUAUAUCAAUACAUGUAUAUAUAAAAAUAUAUAUGAAUGUAUGCUUAGUUAAAAUAAUAGACAAGAGUUAAAAACAAUAACGGAAAACUAAUUCGUUAAUUACUACUCAAAAAUUAUUAUAAAGCUCUAACGAAAAAAAUAACGGAAGAAUAAGCUCUUCGGUAUGUCAUUUGAUAUGAUAAACGUUUACCAUUUGGAGAUUAAAAUGUUAUGAGAAAUAUAAAUGCAGGUCGGGACUUCUACACCUUUCCUUGAAACUCUCAGUAGUUUCCUUUCAUAAGUGACAUUUAGUAUCUGAAACAGGGACGACGAGGUACCUUCUCCUUUUUUCUUGGUUGAGCUGAAAUGUGUACGAAAACAAACCAAAUUGGGAUAAAUUGAAAAGCUACUCCCUUCGUUUAUGUUUCCAGAUCCAGUAAGGUUUCCUUGAGAUAUUCUUUUUAGUAGCUGAAACGUAUACGGAAACCCUUCGAACAUUGGGAUAAAGGGGCUUUUCGGGAGCAUGAUAAAUCGAAACGCUAUAACCAGAGCUUGUAUUCACCUCAUCGACGCUUGAAGAUCUAAUAAGGUUUCGUUCGACUUUUGUGAUUUCUGACAUCAUUUUGGUUUCCAAAUCUGUUAGCUUAAGACGACAAGCAGUUUUCUUGUUCUUGAUAUAGCUGAAACGUGUACAAAAGAACCGGAAUGCUGGAGCAUGUGAAAACAAAAAGCUAAUCAGAGCUUCGAUCUCUUCCAGACCCAAUAAGGUUUCGUUCGGCUUAUAUUUUCAGAAAGUUCUAAUAUUAUUCACUAGUUGAGGUAAUAACGCAUUGUGUGAGUAUAUAUUGUUUGUUAAAUGUGUUUUUUAUGUUAUCUGUUUGUUUUGAUAUGAUGAAUUGGGUUAUUAAACUAUGCAUAUAUAAUAAUAUGGUAAUAAAACUCACCUUUAGUAUUUAA